AUGGCGGCGAAGCGAAAAGCUGCGGCGAUGAACGCCGUCGACGACGAGCCCGUUGACCCGUCGGACGAACUGGCGUUUUAUUGCUUAGGUGGUGGUAAUGAGGUUGGACGGUCGUGUCAUAUCAUUCAAUAUAAGGGGAAGACUGUUAUGCUCGAUGCCGGCAUGCACCCUGCGAAAGAAGGAUUCUCGGCGCUUCCCUUUUUCGACGAAUUCGACCUGAGCACGGUGGAUAUACUUUUGAUCAGCCACUUCCACGUCGACCAUUCAUCCGCCCUUCCAUAUGUCCUCAGCAAAACGAACUUCAAAGGCCGUGUUUUCAUGACGCAUGCCACGAAGGCUAUCUACAAAUGGUUGAUCCAGGAUAAUGUGCGAGUCAACAACACUGCCUCGUCAUCGGACCAGCGGACUACUCUAUAUACGGAGCAUGACCACCUGUCGACGCUGCCGUUGAUCGAGACCAUCGAUUUCAACACGACUCACACCAUAAACAGUAUCCGCAUCACCCCUUUCCCAGCGGGCCACGUGCUUGGAGCUGCUAUGUUCCUGGUAUCAAUUGCGGGCUUGAACAUUCUGUUUACAGGCGACUAUUCUCGUGAGGAAGAUCGUCAUCUUAUCCCUGCGACGGUGCCCCGAGGUGUGAAGAUUGAUGUCCUCAUAACCGAAUCAACGUUUGGAAUCUCCUCCAACCCGCCUCGACUCGAACGUGAGGCUGCCCUCAUGAAGUCCAUAACGGGGGUACUUAAUCGCGGUGGUCGAGUUCUGAUGCCAGUUUUUGCGCUCGGUCGUGCGCAGGAGCUGCUACUUAUUCUUGAUGAAUAUUGGGAAACGCACCCCGAGCUGCAAAAGAUCCCCAUUUACUACAUUGGUAAUACAGCGCGAAGGUGCAUGGUUGUCUACCAGACAUACAUCGGAGCGAUGAACGAUAAUAUCAAACGUCUCUUCCGCCAACGGAUGGCCGAAGCUGAGGCUAGCGGCGAUAAAAGUGUCAGCGCCGGCCCCUGGGACUUUAGGUUCGUCCGCAGUCUGCGCAGUCUCGAACGAUUUGACGACGUUGGAGGUUGUGUCAUGCUAGCAUCGCCAGGUAUGCUACAAACAGGUACGAGUCGAGAGCUUUUGGAGCGAUGGGCGCCAAACGAGCGAAAUGGCGUUGUCAUGACGGGUUACAGCGUGGAGGGCACGAUGGCCAAACAGCUGCUCAAUGAACCAGACCAAAUCCAUGCCGUGAUGUCACGGGCAGCCACUAGCAUGGGUAGGACACGCAUGAACGGCAACGACGAGGAGCAGAAGAUCAUGAUCCCGCGUCGAUGCACUGUCGAUGAAGUAUCGUUUGCGGCCCACGUUGACGGCGUCGAAAACCGGAACUUCAUUGAAGAAGUAUCCGCCCCUGUCGUAAUCCUAGUCCACGGCGAAAAACACCAAAUGAUGCGUUUGAAGUCGAAACUCCUGAGUCUGAACGCUGACAAGACAGUCAAGGUCAAAGUCUACACGCCAGCUAACUGCGACGAAGUCCGAAUUCCUUUCCGAAAGGACAAGAUCGCCAAGGUCGUCGGAAAACUGGCGCAAACAGCACUACCUUCCGAGGACGCAGACGGAGACGGACCGCUUAUGGCAGGUGUCCUCGUCCAGAAUGGCUUCGACCUGUCGCUCAUGGCUCCGGAUGAUCUCCGCGAGUACGCGGGUCUGGAGACUACCACAAUAACCUGCAAGCAGCAUAUCACUCUCAGCUCCGCUAGCAUGGAUCUGAUCAAAUGGGCACUGGAGGGUACAUUCGGAGCCAUUGAGGAGAUCGGCAGCGAUCAAGACGCGAAGAAGGAAGAUCAAGAAGAACAAGAUAUGAAAGAGGAUGUUGAUGAGGAGAUCCCCAUGGAGAAGCCCCAAACAUACCUCGUCAUGGGCUGCGUUGUAAUCAGAUACCACCCUCGCACCCGCGAGGUCGAGCUCCAAUGGGAAGGAAACAUGAUGAACGACGGCGUCGCCGACGCAGUCAUGGCCGUUCUCCUUACCGUUGAAAGCAGCCCAGCAUCCGUGAAACAAUCCGCCAAGCACAACAAACACCACCACCACCACCACCAUCACGACGACACCGACACCGACACCGACACCGACACCCUCGACACCCUCAACCUCCUCAACCCGCACGCCGCGCAAGACGCAGAAGAACGCUUCGCGCGCCUCCUAAUGAUGCUCGAAGCCCAAUUCGGCUCGGACAUUGCCCCCAUCGAGCGUCCCCGCCUCCCAUCCACAAACGCAAUUGCAAACGACGACUCAACUCCAGCGAAAUCCGACUCCGAGCAGUCCGAGGAAUCGAAAGCCACAGACCCAGGCACCCUAUCCAAAUUCGAGCUCGCAGAGCUCGCCCGUCUCCAAGCCCUGGGCAUCCCGGUCCCGGGUAUCGAGAUCAAGGUCGAUAAGCAUGUUGCGCGGGUCUGGCUGGAGGACUUGGAGGUUGAGUGUGCGAAUGCGGUGCUGAGGGAUCGCGUGCGGGUUGUCAUUGAGCGCGCUGUUGAGACGGUCGCGAGUAUGUGGUCUGUUGGAAAGGCGGCUUCAAAGGCUGUUGCGAAUGGGAAUGGGGGAGCAAAGGGGAUUGCCGGUGCGGAUGAGGGUGUGUCGAAGCCGGGUUUGGAGGUUGAAGCGAAGGCUUAG